ACCCCCCCCACCCCCCACCCGCCGCGCCGCCCGAUCAGCGGCGACAAGACAAGGGAAUUCUCGUCGAGCCACCCGCCUGCCCCGGUCCCUCGCACGCAGAUCGAUCGUCCGCCGCGUCGGGAAGGGGGGCCUCGCGGGCGCUCUGCGGGGGGCGGCGGACUAGAUUUAGAUUCGGAUUUUUUUGUUGUUUUUGGGUUUCGCGUGUUUUCGGAGGAAGGGUUGCGGAGAGAGCAUGGUGGGAGGCGGAGGCAGGAGGGGAGCGGCGGCGGACGAGGCGAAGCUCAACACCGGCAACGUGUUCGCGGCGCUCGAGACGCUCAAGAAGAAGAAGAAGGGGGACAAGGCCAAGGGGGCCUCUUCCAAGGGAGGGAAGCAGGACGACCAGCCCUCGCAGCAGCAGCAGAAGGAGCUCUUCUGGGCGCCCGCGCCGCUCACCACCAAGUCAUGGGCCGACGUCGAGGACGACGACGACGAUGACUACUUCGCCACCACCGCGCCCCCUGCCGCCACGUGGGGUGCUGACCAGGCCGGCGCCGGGGCCAAGGAGGAAGAAGAGGAGGACGAUGCUGUCCACGCAGCGCUGCAGGAGGAAAUCGAGAGUGAUGAUGAGGACCUUGAUGAUGAGGCUCAGGAUGGUGCUGAGGAUGAACCUGAGCAUGAUGUGGAUGCUGCUGAUCCUGCUAUGAAGAAAGUUGCAGCUCCAGCUGCUGCUCCUAAAGAGACAGAAAGGCAGCUGUCCAAAAAGGAGUUGAAAAAGAAGGAACUGGCAGAACUUGAUGCUGUGUUGGCAGAGUUGGGAAUUUCUGAGAACUCCACUGAUGCUGCACAAGAUGGAAGCAACGCUGAGAAGAAAGUUGCGAAUCAAACUGGUGAUGGAGAGAGGAAGGAAGAUGUACCUGCCCCUGCAGAGAGCAAGAACUCUAAGAAGAAGAAAAAUAAGAAAGACAAGAAUUCAAAGGAGGCAAAAGAAGCUGAUGGGUCGGAGGAGGCUGCCAGUGCAGAAGCUGAUGAAGACCCGGCUGUGGAUGUGAAGGAGCGCCUAAAGAAGAUGGCCUCAAUGAAGAAGAAGAAGUCGAGCAAGGAGACAGACACAGCCGCGAAGAUUGCUGCUGCUGAGGCGGCAGCUAGGAGUGCCAGGCUCGCGGCAGCAAAGAAGAAGGAGAAGAACCAUUACAACCAGCAGCCCGUGAGGUAAACGGGCUGCCAAAGUUUUGAAUGAUCCUGAGUUCCCAUAUGAUCCCCUUGUUCGUUUUGGAGUUGCAAUAAACAUUUUUCUUCUUCGAGUUGUAUCUAUGACCAUGGACCUUUCUGGUCCCCAAAACGGUCGUGUCGUGUAAUUGUGUUUUGAAUUGGAAUGGUUCAUCCAGUGGAACUUCAUAGACAAAAUGCCCAACAAGGGCCUCUCGGCACUUUCUUGUUGUGGACUUCAUAGACGACAUGUCCAUGGUUGUCUCCAUUUUUCUGUGGCAAAUUUGAAACCUAGUCUUUUUUU